UGUGUGGUGUGGUUACAAGUUUACAAACCGUUCUUACGUGAGUGGUCGUGCCAUAUGUUGGCUUGGUGUGCGUGUGACAGUUCGCGCUGGAGACACCACACUUUGGUAUGGUGAAAAAUUUUUCGACGUUCGCAGCAGUCUCGGAGUGUCGCAAACAACAAGCUGGUGAAAAAAUUUCGGGCUCCGGGAAAAUCCGUGCGUGUAACCUCCGGUGAACGUGAAAAGUGACCGCGGCGGGAGGGUCCACACAGUUGUGGUCCCGGAACGGCGCUCCGCUUCGGAACUCCGAGUGUUUUAUCCUCCUAGGGAGCAGAAGAAGAAGACGAAGCAUAGUGCGUUGCAUCACGGGGAAAACCCCGAGGAAAAUCCUUCCAUUUCAAAGGACACACUCCACCGCAAAGAAGGAUCCAUCGCGGUAAAGGGAAGUGAGGGUCCAGACGGAGUGAAUAGAGAAAACUUUCUCCUCGGUGAAAAUCUGUGGCGUGUAAAAGUGAAAAAAGCAAGAAGAAGUAGUGCAAAAAAUUGUUACAAGUGUGACAAACGGAGGCAGCAGUGUUGCCAGCCAGCCAGUCGUCCUUCGAGACGCAGAGGGUUUUGGAAAACAUCGGGGUUAAAACAACAAAAAUAACAACAAGAGCAACAGGGUCCUGGAGAGGGGUGGGCUAAAACGGCACUGACAGGCCAGCAGCGCCAGUCAACUCUACCGCACACAAAUACACACGCAGUGAAGCCAGCUUUUUGCCCAGAAGAACAUAACCUCGACGGCGACCCGUGCCACCCCUUAUGGCAAGGGACGACGACGGCUGCCAGUGAAUUCGACUGUCGUGCUGUGUGUAGGGGCAACAUUUUCAAAAAAGGAAUUAUCUCAUCAGAGCCAACAAAGAAAGACACAGACAGACAAAAAGUUGCAUCGCCGGGGCCAAUCAUCAUUAUCAACAUUUGCAUAAAUUGAGCAGUGACCGCGCCGCCGCCACCGCCAUCCCACCUGCCGCAGCCUCCGCCUCCGCCGCCGGAUAAUGAAACAGAUCAAUGUCGCCGUGGUCGGUGUUUCCGGUGUCGAGAAGGAGAAGGGUCAGCUGGGCGUGGGCAAGUCCUGUCUGUGCAAUCGGUUCGUGCGGCCAAAGACCGACGAUUACGCCAUCGAUCACAUCUCGGUGCUGAGUCAGUCCGACUUUAGCGGCCGAGUCGUCAACAAUGACCACUUUCUGUGGUGGGGAGACGCACGCAAGACGUCCGACGAGGGCGUUGAGUACAACUUCAGCGUGGUCGAGCAGACCGAGUUCGUGGAUGAUGCCACCUUUCAGCCGUUUAAGGUGGGAAAGAUGGGGGAGCCUUACACGAAGCGGUGUUCGGCCAUUCGGCUGAGCUCGCAGGAGAAGCUCAAGUACAUUUGCAAGAACCAGCUGGGGUUGGAGCACGAGUUCGAGGAGAUCGUACUGCCGGAAGGGCGGUUCGUGGUAGAUGGUUUCGUGUGCGUGUUUGAUGUCAGCAUUGUGCCGAACCGAACGGUCGAGAAGCAGGUCGAGUUCGUGACGCACAUCAUCAACAAUGUCCUGAAGAACAAGAAGCCGGUCGUGCUGGUUACCACGAAGAACGACGACGCCAGCGAUUCGUACAUCCGGGAAGCGGAGAAAAUCUGCGCCCGGAAGGAGUACAAGGGACAGAUCGUUAUGGUGGAAACGUCCGCCCACGAGAGCAUUAACAUCGACCAGGCCUUUAUCGUGCUCGCCCAGAUGGUCGACAAGGCGAAGCAACGCUCCAAAAUCGUAUCGUACGCAGAAGCGGCCAAACAGCGGACAGACCUGCUGAAUGCAAGCUCCGAGUACGUCACACGAUUAAUCCGCACGCAAAUCACCGAUCAUCGAUCGAUCUGGACCAGCUCCUCGAAGAAACUCGCCAACCACAAAGAGUGGAACGACUUCCUAGAGUUGUUCGGCCAGGAAGCCGGUCAGCGCAUCUUCCGGCGGCACAUCAAGAAACUCCGCGAGGACUACCAAGCCAAGAAGCUGCAAAGCUACAUGGACUCGUUCGCGUGCGUCCUGCAGGAAAUCCUGCCCGACAUGAACAGUAUUAACAUGGAGCUGGAGACGUUCAGCGAUUGGCAGCUGAUACGGAACUACUUCCGGAACCACGUCGAGUACGAGCAGUAUUUCUUUGACGCCGUCGAGCGCGGUGGUAGCUGGGCCGAACUGAGCGACAUGAGCGAUAUGGAGGACGAAAGCCGGAUACCGUUCGACAUCCUGGACACUCCGGAAGCGGAGACGGUGUUUAAGAACCACAUGAACGCCCUGCAGCAGGAACAGAAGCGACUGGAAUGGAAGAAGCAGUUCAAGAAGCUGCUGGAGGAAACCGGCUACGUGACGCCGGGCAAGCAGCUUUCGGAGGUACGCGUGCUCUUCAUGGGCCGCGAGUGUUUCGAGGCGCUAUCCGAGCACGACUGCCAGCAGAUCUACGACAACCACCAGCGCGAGCUGAUCGAGACGGCCAAGCACAACUUCCAGGAGCUGCUGAUGGAGCACGCCGACCUGUUCUACCACUUCAAGAACAUCGAACCGUCGGGGACGAUCACACAGAACGACAUCAAGGAGAUAACGGACGUGCUGCAGGAGGAUCUGCGGUACAAGCUGCUCGAUCGGCUCGAUCAGGACCGGAAGCUGAUGCUGUUUCAGCAUCUGGGCUUUGUGCACUGCCCCAUCCGGGAGCACUGUCCGGCGUUCCCGAACUGUAUGGAUGCGCUGAUCGAGCGGAUACUGCUGGCGAAUCAGAGCCUACCAAACCCCCGCUUCGCCCAGAAAGAUGGUCAACUGCAGCUGAACCUGAUCGUGAUUGGGCUGGACUACAUCGCAAACGACUUCAUAGACAAGGUGCACCAGCACUGCAACGACAACGGCGAGUACAUUGUGGACGGGCAGAUCUACGGGCUGAGCAUCGAGACGAUCAACCGGGAGAACGAUUCGUUUUCGUUCGAUCUCGCGUCCAAGGGGUUGAUCUGUUGCUACUCGAAUCGGCAGACGUUUACGUACAUUUACGAGAUACUGGAUCGGCUGCUGCUGGACAACAUCGACUUUAAGGACAGUGUAAACAACCUGCACAUUGUGUUUAUGAGCGACGAGAAGAACAGUGAGAGCACGUUGCAGGCACUGCAGAGCGAUGGACAGUCGUUGGCGGAGCGGUUACAUUGCGUGUUUAUCGACGAGAAUGAGUUUUAUGCUUCCGGUCAGGAGACACGCUUUGUGGAAACCACGCUGAACAGUGUGAUCGACUCGAUUCCGUUUGAGGAUCUGAAGUACGGGAUGAACCUGGCUGAUUGUCCGGACUUGCGCAUCAUCAUGUGUAACUUCUGUGGAGAUCCAUUCUCUACGGAGAACAUGCUGAGUUCGAUGAUGAUCGAGCAGUCUUGCAUCAAUGCUGGCGAGCGGAACAUCAUUUUCGAGAUGUUUCUGGGUGAUUCAAAGCGGCGCGUAGAACUUAUUCUGUCAUCGUACCACGGAGCGAACGCGUUCCGGGAUGAUCUGAUCCACGGGUUCAUCCUGCUGUACUCCAGCAAGCGGAAAGCUUCCCUUUCGACGCUGAGUGCAUUCUCGCUAAACAUUCCGAAUCUCCCGAUGCAGAUCGUUUCCGUUUCCGAGCAGGGUGGAGUGAACGCAUUCUUCAACAACGAAAUGGCCCAGAUGCUCAUCACCGAAGGUAACUCGAUCGCGGACAAACUCCGGGCGCACUUUGCCACCGCUUCCGACGAGGACAACCAGUUUAAGUUUGCCUCGUUCGCGCCCUUCCUUAAGGAAGUUUGGGACAAGAAGCCCGAGAUCGAGCACGCCUUCAACAUGGAGGAACCGCUCACAAUCGAUUCCGGCGAAGGCACGAUGGAACAUUCCAUGCAUCAUCACCAUCAGCAGGCUCCGCAGCCUCCACCGCGGUACGAAAGCUAUCUGAUCAACGGAUCGGCAACGACGUACCGCAGCCAGCACCAACAUCCGCACGCACAGCAGAAGAUGUUGUUCGACAACCGAUCGGUCAACUCGCUCGACGAUCUGGACAACCUGAAGCAACACCAGCAGCAGUACUCCAACAUGUACUACUACGAAGACAGCAGUGAUUUUGACAAGGGUGGCAGUAACCAAGGCUUCCAGAUCUAUCCGCCUCCGACGACGCCGCCAGAGCCGGCUCCACCAGAUCACUUGCUAACUCCUUCGUCGAUCCUGCGCCAACUGAAAGCCAACACCGUGUCGCAGUCACAGAGCAGCCUCGAGGAGAUCAACUCCGAUGUCAGUGGAUCCAAGGAUUCGAUCAACACAUACGACUCAGGUUGGUUAGACGACGGCUUCCUGAUUCCGAAGCAGGACAACAAGCACAACGAGGACAUGUGGAAGAAUGCCAACACGCACCACGCGUUCACAACAGGUAGGAGGCCCAACCAGAGUUCGUUCGCGAAGAAGAUCCGUCCGAAGGGACCGAGCCAAACGCUGAAGCAGCCGGGCAAGCUGAACCUGAAGAGUUUCGCCAUCGUGAACGAAGCGAUCGCCCGGAUGAAUCUGGGCGGGGACGGACAGCAGGCAACGGGCGCCGGUGGGCAACCCAUGACCGAGAAGGAGAAAAAGAAAGCCAAAAAGCUGCUGCAGCAGCAGCUGGAGAACGCUCCACUUGCGGCACCGGAGGACGACAGCGAGGACUACGAGGACGAAGCCGGCUACGAGCAGAUCAACGAUGCGUUCAGCGAUGCGGUGAACAACGUGGCGAGUCAAUUAUUUACCACCUUUUCCGGUGGACAACGGCAACCGGUGGACGUUGUCGGCCAACAGCAACAGCAGCAGGCGUUGGCAGAUAUGGCCGGUGGCAAAGCCAAGCUGAGGCAGCGACGCGAGAAGGAGCAAACUUCUUCUCUGUCCACAGUAUUCAACAUUCCAGAGUACUCCGACUCGGAGAGUGAUUCCAGCUCGUUGGAGCGAAAGCGCGGUACGGACGGCUACUCGAAGAUCAACCGAAAGCCGCAAGCGCACAAGCGACACCGCAAGAAGCGCGCCGCAAUCCCGGUGCAACCGCCGAAGAUCCCGCUAGGUCCGUUCGGCGCGGGCGGUGGUGCCAGCGGAGACGGUGGCGUCGGACCUCCGAUGAUGGUAGGCGUUCCGGGAGGGGGUUCACUGGGCGCAGCGCUUGCAAUGCCCAUGAUGUACCAGAAGCUGAAGAACGAGAAGAACAUUGGGCUGGACAAGGACAAACAGGAGGACGAGUCCAGCAUUGACGUGUCUUCGCCGCGGGACAACAAUUCACCGAUUUUUGGCGUCUUGCCGAAGACGGGUGACCGGGAAAAGCUCAUCACCAAGCAGAAGAACUGGUUCGGCAAGGAGAUCGACAGCAGCAAGAGCAGCUCGAAAGAAUCCAAGGAGUCGGCGGAGGCCAAGAAAGCGGCCGCAAGGGCGGCCAAGACUAGCGGUAAAAACGCCAAAAAUGCUCCGCUCGCGAUUCCGCAGCAACCGUCGCUGGCCAGCUUCAAGCAGUCGGACAAGAACUUGGUGCCGCUGUUUGUGGAAAAGUGUGUCAAAUUCAUCGAGCUCGAGGGACUCGACUCGGAGGGCAUCUACCGAGUGCCGGGCAACCGGACGCACGUCGAUCUGCUGUACCAGAAGUUUGAAGAAGAGGUCGACGUGGACAUCGAGAAGCUGGACAUUCCGGUGAACGCUGUCGCGACGGCGCUCAAAGAUUUCUUCGCCAAGCGACUGCCGGCCCUAUUUAGUGCCGACAUGAUGGCCGAGCUGGAGGAGAUUGCCGGAUCGCGGCCGCUGCAGGCCAUCAGCAGCAGUCUCAGCAUGGAGGUGAAGGCGGACCGAAGCUGCAGGUUGAUUUCGCUGCGCUCGCUGCUGGGGCGGCUACCGCCGAGCAACUUUGCCAUUCUCAGCUUCAUCUUCCAGCACUUUGUGAGGGUCUCCGAGAACUCCAAGCUGAACAGCAUGGACAGCAAGAACCUGGCGAUCUGCUGGUGGCCCACGCUGCUCCCGAUUGAGUUCACCGACAUGAUGCGGUUCGAGACGAUGCGGCCGUACCUGGAGGACAUCGUGCAGACCAUGAUCGACCAGUUUCCGUUCCUGUUUUGCGGCGAGGAAGCAUUCGUGAUGGUUUGAUGCGGCGCCGGCGGCGGAGUGACGAACGACGAUCGCGAGUGAGUUGUUGAUUAGUUGUUUAGUUUAUUCGUGUUUUUUAUUUGAUAUUUUUACGUUUAUCCGCGUAGCGAGCGAAGAUUUUAGUACUUUUGUUUUGUGGAUGAGAGUCGUCGGGAGCAAGAAAAUGCGUUUUGCAGUACGGACAAAUCUUGAGAGCAUUUUUAGGGUUUUGAGUUUUAACAAAGAGUGUUGCGUACAAUUUUAGCUAGGCAUUUAGAAAUCAAGUCAAAUGUUGCAAAUUUUAUCUUCGGUUAGCUUCCGGAAGAGGAAACCUUAACCCCCACUCUGUUCACACAGCGGAUGAACUCUAAACAGCAAGUGAAAAUAUAUAGUCGUGUAAUUAUAGUGUAACGCUUUACGAGAAGGUGAAAAAACAAAUGCGAUAUGGUAUGUUAGGUAACGAAAGAUGCUUAUAAUUGUUUAUGUCUUGUAAUUUCUAAAAAUGAAAAUUUAAAAAAACACGCAAUUCGAUCCAAAUGAAACGAGCAUGCAAUUGUGCUGAUAUUUUUUGUCCAUAAGUGGUAUAUUUAUUGCUUAAGAUGUCAAGCUUGAGCAGCAUCAUAUAUUUUUGCCCUUCUAGUUUGGUAUUUUGAAUUUUGCCCCACUAGUGCUGGGCUUUAAAGUUAAGGAUUCGCUACUUAUUCCAAACAGUAAAAAAACAAAACAUCAACAUUCUACAGAUUCAGAGAUAUUUUAGCUGGUUUAUCAGUGUAUUUGAGCAAAGUAUGAAACAAAUUGUAUAUUUACCUAUGUAUAUUUUUAAGCAACGGCAAUGCUCGAAUAGUAAAACAAACACACACACACACACAAACAAGUAAUCAUCGGAAUGUAGAAUGUCACUAAAUAUUACCGUAAGAGAAUUCAACAAGUUUGUGGUGAUAAACGUAUGUAAUAAUGGUUUUGUAGGCUUUAGUUUGACUCGUGACGACGAAUUGGAAUACGCUUGACCAGUGUUGCGUAAAUGUCCGAAUUUUAGCCAUCUUUUCAGUAGGUAACCCUUCUCUUUAAACUCCAUUUACCUUAAUUAUGCUCUACCCAACAAUAAAUACUUCCAAAUCAAACAACUUUACGUUUUACAGUUGCAACUCAAAACCCAGCAUUUGACAGGUCGUUAUUGCUAAUAUUUACCCAAAAUUGGGUAAUUCUAAUGAUCGUGUAACCUUGCUCACCUUUGCUAUGUUUGCUUUGGUUGUUUGACAGAUCAAGGUAACCAAUGCCAAAGGUGCGCUAACAAGGCCUGUCAAACGGAAAGGUAAGAGCCACGCGUGUAAAACGCCAACUCAGACGCUGAGACUAACGAAACGUGCCAUCUUUUUAGAGUCCCAAACAACGAAUCUUUUUAUUAUAUUAUUUUUUCCACCCCUUAAAAAUUUCCUCAACGAGAGAGACUAUGAACUAAAUGACGCUUCCGUUAACGCGAACCUAUAGAACGCUAUAUAGAAUGAUUUCAUCCAACAUGAACACGUCCUUCCUUGUGUAGUAACUAAAAACAAAUAUUACUCAUUUACUUAUCGCAAAAAAAACAUAUUUAUAGACACCACACACUAAACAGUGAUUGUAGAAACGAGUGACACAGUGAGAGACAGAGAGAGAAAGUGAUGCGCUUCUUAUGUAUUUUUUAACGUUGGUUUACAGUUUUUAUUUUCUACAAAACGAUGAUUUUAAUUUGAUUAAAACACCGCAAAACUAGAAUGUAACGCAAACAAAAAGAAAACACACAUUACGAAGUAAGUGAAAAAAAAAACAAGUGUGAAGGCAAACAAUUCUCCGUUCUUUAGAUAGCAAGUAUUUUUUAACAAAUGAAAGAGCAGCGAGCCGCGCGAGAAUCCCGUAGAAUUUACCAAUUGAAGCAAAACCAGAAUUAAAAGGCCUGGUAAAAUCUAGUGUGCGUUGGAUUAUUAAUGAAGAAAAAGGAAACAAGUGCAAAACUUUAGCUCGCGCAGGUGCGCGGGGAGUCAUAAGAAACGAAUCAAUUAUGUGAAACCAAAACAAAGCAUAAACACUGCAUUGAAAUAAAAAAUUAUUGCAAAACAAAUAAGAGAAAUACUAAAAAACAAACAAAAUCGUGUUAAAUGUGUAUAGGUGUAUAAAUAAAUCGUCAAGUUGAAAAUUUUUAAAUCAGCAUCAAAUAAAAACAAAAACAAACACAAAUGAAAUGGCAAAAUCUGUGAACUGUGUGUAGAAAAAACGUUCGGUUUUGUGUUGCGUAAUUUUGCGACCGAACGUGGUUGAAGAAAAAAAAACUCAUGAUUCCAAGUCCUAAUUUGAUCAAUGUGAUAUUGUAAACGCAUAGAAGUUACACACACACUCACACAGACACACACACACAAAGGGCGCGGUGAAAUGGAGAAAAAAGCUUAUGCAAAGGCCAAAAUCGGAUCAAAAAUAGUUUGAAAAGCAGUUCGGCAGAAUUGGGAUACAAAAGCUUGAGAGGUUAAUGGACUGAACUUGAAAAUUUACUUUGAAGAAAAAAAAUCGAGAUUGAAUUAGAUUAUACACGAUUGUAGGUACUCUCAAUUUCUUCAGAUUUUCCAUUUUAUUAUUUUUUUCAAAGAACCAAUAAAACACAAUUGAAAAAGAAAAUUGAAUCCAUUUUAUAAUAGACGUAUCCAGUUUGAAAUGGCCGCUAGGUGGCCAAUGGUGUUAGAAAUGACAGCUUCCAUGUAUUUGAAUAUGCGAGCUCAGGAAAACUCAAUUUUUAAGCAAUAAAAAUGAUAAAAGUAUUGAUUGAUUAGGUGCACAAAAUGUGUCUAGAAUAUUAUUAAAAUAAAAACUGUUCGAAAAAUUUGCAAUUGAGAUAAGUACACCAUUCGAUUCAGCAGGAAUUUUGGGCACCAAAAAUAUAUAGUUUUCAUAUGUUAAGCAUUUUAUUUUAGAAGAAAAUUAACAAAAAGUAUGAAAAUCGAGACAUUUAGUAUGGGAGCUGUCAAAUCUCUCACCAUCAAAAAGCAGCGUUGAGCUUUCGCUGGAUUUGUCUAUUGAAGAUCAUGUUUUGUGAUUUCACAUUUCUCCAGAUUAUAUUUAUUUAAAAUUUAUUUAAAAAUGGUUCUUUUCGCGUCAGCGUGUAAAACGAAAACAAAAAGCUGUCAGUGACAACCUGUCACUUUUCAACUACACGGUUAUGCAGAACGACUAAUUUUGGUCUUUUUUCUCAAAUUUCCUCUACGUUGAACCUAAUUGAACCUAAUUGAAGAUGUGAAUUUGGAAUGUUUUUUUGUUCAAUCUUUAUUUUUUUUUUAAUUUUAUGGUUUUGUUUUCAUAAUGAUUGAAAAUUAAUUGCUUGCUACAUACGUUUUAUUCAAUUGAUGUAUGCAUUGUUUUUAGAAGUUUAAAACAAUUUGUUUUAUUAUUUCAGAAAACGUAAAAAUGUUGUACAAAAUUGAACGAACUUUAAAGAAAAACAAAAAAUCUAGAAAUGAGUAAGAAAACCCGCGACGCCAUGUGUGUAAUUCUUGUAGCUUUUUAUGACAAACAAAACUGAACUGCUUGUGUAAAAUGUAUCGUGAUGUUAAAAUCAAAACCAAAAUUAAGAAAACAAAAAUCGCAAAAUGCUGCAACCGACAACGCAAACGCACACACGCCGAUCAAAUUGGUUCUUUCAGUGCAAAUGUAGUGUGACAAGAAAGAGAAAGAGAGAGAAAUAGCGAAAACCCUAACCUCUAAACUACGAGGAGCAGUAACUGAAAACUAUAGUGAUUGUGAUUGUAACGUAACCCAUCUCACGAGAAUGAUUUUCCUCCUCAGUAAACUCAGAAAUUUGAAGAAAAAAAAUCCCACUCGGUUAGAAUGAAUAGAAACAGAGAAAAUACUCACAGAAAGAACAAGAACAAGUUACCGCAAACGAUAAAAUCAGAAUGUAAAACGGAAAAGUAAAUAUUUUCACAGGAACUGAAAGUUUUGCACCUUCUCCAAAAUCAUCCCUUUAAAAAAUAACGAUAUUGGUGUGAUAUAUUCGCCAUCCGGAACGAACACAAAAACGACGGCCAUUCUGUCCACCAAAACAAGAUGGCGGCCAGGUUUGACAGAACACAAGCGCAAUAGCAGUGCAGUUUGCGUGAAACACUCAGAUCAGUAGUAAUAGUGGAACGACAAAUGAAAGUACUAUUUAAAACUGAUAAACCAAACAAGUUGUAAAUUCGUGUCUUGAUGCAACCAAAAUCUCGGUUUAAAAAUAUUGAAAAGAUAAAAAACGCCAAAACCAAUGAAGCUCAUUGUUUUCUCCCCUUGUCAUCGUUUUUGUAAGCAAUCGGCUAGUUGUUCUGAAUAAACAAAAAAAAAGUAGCAAAACACCUACACCUUACACACAAACACACAUACACUCACCCAAGAAUGUAAACAAGCAUUGGUUAGAGUAAUAAAAGAAACUUGUCCUCUUCCCCUAAUGAAAUCUCCUCGGCAUGAGCACCAGCGAAGCCAAGAGGUCCUUCAUUUUUCCUUUCCAUCGUUUGUGCACAAAAAACUAACGAAAAAAUGUCACAAAAAUGAGUAAAAAUAAACUAAAUGUUGUUACACUCUGUAUUCUAGAAAUUACGAAUGAAAGAAAAGAAUAAAAACCUUAACAAAAAAUCGAUGUAACACGAGUUGGCACACUUUUCUCUAACAGUUUCCGUUUUUUCCCUAAAAUAGUGCGCGUUUGUUUAACGUGAAAAGGUUGCGGAAUUCAAUUAUCAAGAGUUAAAAAAAGAGCCAAAAACACACUCAAAACAACAACAACAAAAAACAACUAGAUAGAAGCGACAUUAAACCGAACAUGAAAAAAUAAUAAACAAACAAAAGAAAUCCCCCGUCAAAAAAGGAAACAUUCUGUUAGUUGUUCCCCCCGCGCAAAGCCAAGAAAGUUCUUGUUUUUUAUUCCAUCCAACCGACUUGAACAAAAACGAGAUUAACAUGUGCGGCAGCAGCAGAGAAAGAGCAAGGAUCUAGGCGAAGCAAAAAACAAGAAUCUUCUUUACUUGCUAGCUUUUUGUAAGACGUUU